AUGGCUCCUCCUCGACGUCAUAUCGGAGCCAGUCGCAGAAAGAGGCACGAGGAAGAUGGAGAGGAUGAGGGCUCAAUGGCUGGAGACAUGGGAGAUGAUUCUUUGAGUGAGGGCUCCGUUGAUAGCAACCAAGAGGACGAGGAUGCGGACGGAGAAGUCAGCGAAGAAAGCGAGGAUGAGGCCCCUUCGUCGACGAAGAACAAAUUGGUCAACGGCAACGAGAAGAAAUCCAAGCGGAAUAGAUCUGCCCCUCCAGAAAAGCGAGGACCCAAGACAACGGUCUCGGAUACAGAGACAAUGUUGAAUGGAUUGAAGGUCUCAGACGGUAAUGCUGCGGAGAUCCAUCUCGACCAACCCAAGGAACAGCGGGAGCCUCAAGCGGGCAGAACGCCGUCUGCCCCUCCAACCGAGCCGAGACAGAACAGUCUGGCAUCCAGAAAACGCCGUGACAAUGAGAAGUAUGUCAAGGAACGAGAGCAGAAUCCGGCUUUUGUCCCUACUCGUGGCAGCUUUUUCCUUCAUGACAAACGAUCAACGGAAAACGGCAAUCGGUCUAGCAAGAGCAAGUCUCGACCUUACGGCCUUAUUGUGGACGGGAACUCCCGUAGGUCGUCUAAAGCCGAUGCCAGUGGAGGACAAUGGGCACACGACCUUCACGAUACCGUGGCCGGUGACGAUAAAUCCUUACAAAAACAGACCUCCGCAAUUCCCAACCCCAUCGCACCUGUUCCCACCGCGCCCAGAUCCUCUCCACCGAACCGAUCAUUCUCUAGCACAACCUUAGUAGGAAGUGUACCGGUCGUCGUUUCUCUGCCCGGAAUGGCCAGUCCAGUCCAUUUCCCUGCGGUGCCCAAGAGAUUACACACCCGGCUCCCUCAACACCGGCCUCCCCUCCGACGCGAUAAGCCGGUCCGGAUUUCUCUCCCUAGCCAGCCUCCCCGAUAUAUAUUCCCGUCGGUAGAGCGUUCAUUCAUUUUUAUCCCUCGCGCGUUGCGGCCGAACCAGGUCUCUCGUGGUCGAGGAGGUCGUGGUGGUGGCGGCGGUUGGUACAGUGGACGUCGUCCCAGCUACUACCCCAACUCCUCGUACACGCCGAGCGUUGUCAGCCGCCGCUCUUCUUUUGGCAUGCCUCCCUCUCAGGACGGGUGGCCAUCACCUGCGGGGUCUGUCUACUCCAGACCCACAAUCCCCACCGAACCGAAGCCCGUUGUCCGUCUUCCUCCUCCACCUCGUCCACCAGUUGGGAUCCCACCAUUCGGUCCCGCAAUGGCCAUGCCCCUUCCACACCCAGCCUACCGGGAAAGCCGACCGGCUCCAAUCCCCAUGCAUCAACCUCGCCCUCAAAAGGCUGUCUCUGUGGCUGAUAUUGAAAGCCCGGUGACCUUCCCAUUCCCUUUCAACCCGCCUCAACCCCAGCAAGAACAGCCUUUCCAUCACCAGGUCCCUCUUUCGGCUCACGGCCCCCAUGGUCAUGAAGUCAAUGCCCAUGGGCCGCCUAGUCAGCCUUCGGCCACUCCACUCUCACAAAUUCCGGAGCGAGCCAUUCACGCUGCCCCUUUCCAACCGUACGCCUACCAGCAAUCUGGAUAUUAUCCUCCGAGUUAUCCACCCAGUGGCAUGUACUACCCGAGCUCGGGUCCUGAAUACACGGGUUAUAAUGGACCCGUGGGGCCCGGGGCCUCCGUUCCAACCUUCCCGGGACAGCAGCACAUGCCCUAUGCAGCUGGUGAGCAACCAUCACAGCCUGGAACUGUUGCCCAUGAAUCUGGUGGCACUGUCUACUUUUACGAUGCCAAUAACCCGUACGGAGGACCUGCUCCAGGACCAGGAACUGGUCCCGGCGGUGUUGUUGGCAUGGGUGGAAUGAUGACUCCACCGGGUGCAAUCUACUAUCCUCAGCCUGGCCAGUACUAUGGGCAUUGA